AUGACUGGCCGUGGAGGACGAGGCGCUGCGCUAUUACAGGUAAGCAAACUAACGAAACCUUGCACAAUGGGAUUCUUUAUCAUCUAAAUGUUUUAAAACAUACACUGUAAACAAGACUCCGCCUGAUGUUGAAAUUUUUAAUAUUUUAUAUGAAAGAACUCGUUUACCGCCGCAAGCUUUAAGGAGGGUUUCCAGCUAACUGUGAAAGAAAAAAGAACAGUUUUUAAUUUCGAAUUGAAAAAGCGCGCGUCGACCCCGUAUUUCAUCGAAAGGUCACGUUUGUAUGAUAGGGCAACUUCAGCUGGGACGGUGGCUUUGUUUGUGGUUUGAGUGUUUUUGUUUUUCUUUUGACCAAUGAAGUAUUUCUUAAACCAGUAAUUGUUUGAUUCGAUACCGUAGUUCCGUUUUACCGAUAUUGGUGAGUGAAUUUCGAGUCGGUUGCUCAAGUGAACUGCAGAAGGUGUCAUUCGGUUUUGGCUGACGUCACCGAUAACAAUCCGAGUUCUGACACGUUCAAAGAUCGUUGUGAGAAAAAAAAUACUACUCUUCCUUCCCAAUAAUGACAUCCUGUAACCUUAAAAAACUUUCAAAAUUCCUCUAUGGCAAGGACAAUUUAAGUCAGGUGUCCGGGAAACUAAGACCUAGAAAGCUGAGACCUAAAGAACCAAGAUCAGGAAACUGAAGAACUGGAAAACUAAGACUUGGAAAACUGAUUUUAGUUCUCACAUCAAUCUUAUGGCCAUAUUACUUUUAAUGCCUAGGGAUGUAUGCUUGUUGGUUUUUCUUCUUCAGCUAAACAUUGAUUUCAUCGACCAAAGCUAUAUUGUGCAAUAACAAAUUCAGAGUUGCAAGGAUGUAUGCAUUUUCCAAAGUUUGUUUUUAGAAUGAGGGUUAUGCCAUAUUCUGGACCUACAAUUUUAUCCCUCCUGGUUAGAGUUGGUAUUUUUGAAUUGUCAUCAACAAUCUUUCUGUAUUUUAGGCAUUAGAACAACCAGCCAGACCUCCAGGCCAAGGACAAAAUGGACAGGUAAGUGAUUCGCUAAAUUUUUAACCACAAGUUUUGAUACAGUGGAGAAAAAGAAAUGAGGAAGAUCAAGGGAGACAAUGUUCCUACCUUGUAGCAGAAGGUGUAGCAGCUCUUGGAAAGAAAGGAUUUAAGUAACCGUUCUGCCUACAACAAGAAAUUUGAAUAGUUUCCAGCAAGACUGACACACAAGUCAGUUGAAGAAGGGCAAUGAUUGUUACUGUUGUCCCUUUUUCCAAGAUAACACCACUGGUUACCUUUUAUGGUAAAAAUGUCAAGUCUUGAAAGAUUUGGUUUUCUUGAUUGGAAGGUAUUUUAUUAUGCAAUGGUGCUAGGUGUUCUGGAGUGAAUAGUCACAUGUAUUUUCUACAUAACAGAUAACAGAGUGAGAUGAAGGAUAAGAUGCAAUCAACUCUUCCAGAUGCAUCAGCUGAUGAUUUUAAUUUUUUCUUCUUGGUAGAAUGGCCAGACACAGCAUCCUCAGCAUUUCUCUCAUCAAGGGCCUCCCCAGCCAGGUCCUUCACAGUAUGGCCAGCGACAACCAUACCCUCCCCAGUAUCAACAGCAACAACCCCCUUAUCAACAACCUCCUUAUCAACAACAAGGUGGCUACCAACCAAGACAACAACAUUACAGACAGCAGCAUCCUUAUCAACAACAAGGCUACCAUCAGCAGCCACCAUACCAACAACAGCCUUACCAACAACAACAACAAUCAUCUUAUCGGCAGGAACGGCCUCCUUACAGGCACCAGCAGCCCUAUCAACAACAACACAUGUAUCCACAACAACAACAACAGCCUUCCUUUCAGCAAGGACCACAUUAUCAUCAGCAACCACGUUACCCAUCAAAUGCCCAGCAAAUGCCACAAGAAAACCAGUCACAAAUGCCUCAACAAUAUCAACAGGCCUCAGGUUUGUGUAUUUACUAUAUGAAACACUCGUUCUUUAAAACUUGAAUCUUGAUAUUUUGAUCUCAAGCAAGAAAAUUAGGCUGCCUGUAGACUUAUUUAAAAUAUUUACAGGUACCAGUAGUAUUCAAGUUUCCCAUACUGUUCUUUGUGCAUUACCUAUGGUACUUGCAGGAGAAUUUGUAUUGCAAUGAAGAACUUCUUGAGUUCUUGAUAAUUUCCCCCAUACUUAUGACCUUCAUGUUUGAUUCAGGGGUAAUGCUGUUGAUGGAAAUUAGAUGCUUUUCACUUUAACCCUUAAACUCUAAAGAUUUGAUUGUUAAUUCUCUCUUUCUGCUGCUACAUGAUUCCUUGUUAAUCAACUGUGCAAAUUUGGUGCAAGAGCAAGAUAAAAACUUCUUCCUGAUAAGUUUAAGUAUUCUCAUAAACCAUUUGUGAGAAAAAUGUGUGGACAUCUAGGGUGCAAAAUUAAUUUUUUUUCUGAUAGCCACUUGGCUCCUAAAGUGGCAGCCAAUUAAAAAAAAAUUGGUCACCAUUUUUAAAGACAAACAAAACCUUUCCCUUACACUGUCAGUGUUCUAGAUAGACCCUUCAAAAUUAAGUUCUACAAGCUUCUACAAAGUGGACACUAGGAUGGACGAUAUACAACGUUCAAGCUCACCUAAAUCCAAGAUGGCAUCUAGUUAUCGAUCAAGAUGCAUGUGCUGCGUUUUGGAAACAAACUUAAUGAGGAAGUUUGCCACUGAUUUAUCUUUGCAAAUCUUUUUUAUUCACUAUAUCUCUAGGUACGGUUAUGAUGAAGCAUUCUAGUUGCCAAUUUGACAACUAUUUUUCAGGAUUUGGUCACCAAAGUAAAAAAUUUAGUUGCAUUGGCACCUAUAUUAGGUGCAAUUUCACACCCUGAUAUCAUAGGGAGAAGUUACAUGUUAGUCACUUCUGGGAGUUAAGGGUUAAGUGUUUAACUGAUUGACCAAUUUGUGUAGUGCUGAUCCUCCCAUAAAAUCCUGAACACCUUCUGCAUAUUGUUUGUGGACCAGUUGUGACCAUAUAGAGCUUACUAUUGUAGUGCAAUCGCAAGAACUUCAGAGGUGCUUAUUACAUGGUUACAUUUACAUCAACUAUGUAAUCAUUUCCCUGAGCUUGCUGGUUUUUGCAGGGCAUGGUAGGAUGUAUGGACGUGGAGGACCAGUGUAUGGAGGUCCAGCACCCCCUUAUGGCCAGCAGCCUGCUUCAACCUUAUCUCAUCAGCAAACAGUAUCAUAUGGAAGAGGUAUCAGUUAACUUUCUUUUCAUCCAUACUAGUAGUAAAGAGAAUUGUAGAACUUCACUUUUUAACUUUCUGCUGUUCAAACUUAGAGACAUUUUCUUUUAAGCACAUCAUUCAGCUAUUUAAUUACUGCAAACUUGAAGUUUCUGGUCUCUCAAUAUAUUUUCCAUUGUCCUUAUAAUGAGUAGGCAACUGUGGCUACCAAAUACUUAUGGUUGAAUCCAUUCUGUGUCUAUUAUCUUGUAAAGAAAGGCCUGAUAGGGUACAGAAAAAUAAAUAAAAAUUCUGUGGGAUCUAAGGGGGAAAUUAUGGGAUUAUGCACUAUUUACAAUUGUAUGAUAAACCAAAAUAAAUGUGGUAAAGAUUGUUGUGGGGUUUUUUUUUUCAUCCUGGCAAUUUGCUCUUUUUGUAAACCAGAGGUGUACUUGUUUCUUAAUGAGAUUUUGUCAGUGGGAAUUGAAAUACGUUAUGAUUUAUAUAGCUGGUUGAGUAUUCAUGUAGGUUGAAGUCAUAAAAAGCCUUUUGCAGGAUGUUAUAAAUGUGUACAGAUAGUGCAGUUAAGUUUGGAGCCAAGGUGCUUGACUUGGUUGGCAAUCUUUUUUUUCAAUCAGAGAUGUUAUUUUAUUCUUCCUCUUCUGUAUUGGCAAUUUUUUAUAUUUUUCUGGUCUUGUCCAUGUAGGUGCCCAGAUGGCUGCAUCGUAUGGUAGAGGUGCCUCAGCACCAUCUGUUCCUGCUUCAUAUGGGAGAGGUGGUGUAACAGGGGAGACCCUUCAGUCCCAACCCUUUCCAACCUCUGCUCUUGCACAACCAUCAGCUCCAUCAGAGAGACGCCCCUCUCCUCCCCAGCAGCCUAAAGGCCCUCAGGUAGACUGGUGCAUGUCAUUUUAAAAUUUGAUUAGUAUGGGGUUAUAAUGAGUAAGUGAAAUUUCCAAGGUCAUUGUUUUUUAAAGGAUAGUCUUGCCCUAAUUUGUUAUAGGCACCAGUAGAGCAGAUGGCAGGACUUAAAGUAUCAGAUAUUAUCAUUAAGACGUAAGUGAUAAUUUGUAAGGAGAUGUUCACCUAUAUGAGACAUGUGGUAAUGUACCAUAUUACUUGGCAAGCACUUUGAGGAGGGGCGAUGAGCAAAACCCUGUGUUAUUGUGGAUCCUAUACUUUUGUGUGCUCGGAACUAUGUGCAUAAAUCCUGCUUCAAAUAAUUGCUUGUGAAAUUUAUUUAGCAAUUUAAUCAGUUUUCAUUCUUCAUUUCAUAAAGAGGGAGCUCUUUCGUGACAAGAUAAAUGUUUUCUGGUAGUUUUGACUGCAGUGGAACUCAAAGCAAGACUUGAAUUUAGUGAAAAUAUGAAAUAUCUCUACAAGCUUAAUUCAUUCAUUUUUCUAGAGUCAGUAGACUGGAGAAUAUUCUCCACAUCUGGAUGAAAAUUACCUCAAACUAAAAUUAAAAAAAAUAAUUCUGGGCAGUAGGUAAAAAAUUCUUUCUCCCUUGCAAAAAGAACACAGUGCUAUAUUAGUGGAGUCAGCAAGAAACACUCUGUGCCUCUAGAUCACUCUAUGAUGUGGUUCAAUUUUUAUUCUUGCAACAUUCUUACAGUUGUCUCUUUCAGUCUAGAUUUGUGGUCAAAAUUCUAUGACUGGUCAUUUCAACUGUAACAUUGCUAAACAACUUUCAUGUACAACUUGGUAAUAUAAGUGAAUGCAUCAUAAUUGUUGUUGUAAUCAGUUGCAGCAGUUAACAUUACCUGCAACUUCUGUUAACACAAAAAGUGAUGUUAUUAUUUAUGUUUGCAGUCAAACAGGCGAAAAAGGUACCGCUGGGAAACAGUAAGUGUGUAUCAUUUCAGCAAAAAUCAUCAUUCUAUUUUCUGGUCAAUAUUCUUAAGACAACAACAGUCUGUUUAUGUCUAAAUUUGUCUGGUUGUAAGGGAACCUACACUGUAAUACUUAAAAGAGAAUCAAGGCCAAACUCAGUGAGGUGAAUGUCUCCUCAAUUAUGUUAAGCUACUUACAGAUAUUAGAAAAGUUAACAGGUCUUUAAAUUGAAGCCAUGAACACUCAUAAUUAGCAGUUUUGCCAAUUUUUGAGUUCUCAUGAUUUCUUGAUUUAACAGAUGAUAUCCAGACCAGUUGCCAGUUAAUAACAUGGUUACUUACUUUGAAUAUCUUCCCAAGUUUUAAACUCAACACAAAAAUUUUCUAAGUAUUUAACUUCUCCAUAAUCCCUUUGUUAUUACUUAAGAGAAGUUUACUUCAGAUUUGGAGGAAAAUUAAGUGAUCACAGCCCAACACUUGUGUACUCUUAAAAAAAAAUUAGUUAGUGUACUUUCCUCAGUUGUAUUGGAUUCAUUUUGAUACCAAUACAUGUUAACUAGUUUUUCAUUGACUUUUUAUGUUGAGCAAUUGUUUGUUGCUCACACUUUAUCUCUUUUCCUGUUUUUAGGAUAUCACUUUGUGCUAACUUCAUACCUAUUAGAUUUAUUGAACAAAAGAUAUAUCAAUACCAUGUCAGUUACAGGUAAGACUGAUUAAUUUUGUGUUCAUAUAGUUAUUAGUGAAGUGGUAGACAAAUUACUUGUGGGCUGCUGUUCUAUUUUUGCACGCAGAAGUGCGAUUUGUUUUUGGAAACCUACGGAUUAUAAUGACAUAUAGAUUCUGUCCAUUAGAUAUUCAGUUGUUUUCUUUGUCAUUUCUAGCCCAGACAUUGACAGCAGGAAAGCAAGACAUGGUCUUCUAAAGAGCCAUAAGGAAGUUUUAGGACCAGCCAGUGCUUUUGAUGGGGCUACUUUGUUCCUUCCAAAACAGUUGGAAAAUCCAGUUAGUAGUGAUGUUUUGUCAUGGACUUUUACACUUUACUGAUUGAUUAAAUAAGACAAGUUUGUUUGCUCCAAAUCUUACCAACUUGAAUCAAGUAUAGUUUGAAUUUAGAAACUAUAAAGUUGGAUUCCCUGGUGUGUAUCAUGUGUUGAAGACUUUGCCCUUUGGAGUGCUUGAAGAUCACUGGUGACACCUCAUAGUUGGUUAACAAAGUAAUGGUUGUACAAAACAGAUGUUUUGAGUCAACAGUAAUUCCUAAUUCUGCUGACUGAUUUUCUUAUUACAGACUGUCUUAGAGUCUGAGAGAAGAACAGAUGGAGAAAAAGUUGCCCUCACAGUUACCCUUACAAGAGUCGUUCCACCUGAUGACUGUUUACAGUUGCUAAACAUAAUAUUUAGAAGGUGAUUUUUAAUUUUUUGUGCCCAUAGGUUUACGCAAGUGUACUUUUUCAUUUAACAAAUACAUUACAUCUAGGUGUCAUUGGUUAUCAUGAAUAAUUUCAAAAUAGUGUAAAUAUGAAAUUCUACAGAAACUGUCUUACUCAACAAGUGAUGAGUUCCAAAUUCGUCUGAGCUCACCCUGUAGGGCAACUUAGACACACAGAAGUAAUUAAAUAUGGAACAAAAAAGAACUUUGCACAAAUUUGUCAAUUUAAUUUGUUAAUUCUUUUUUAGUGAGAUGCUCAAAAGAAAGAGAUUACUACUAAACAUGUUAAUGUGUUUGUUGGGCUAUUGCACCUUGGGUUUAUCAGUGUUUUUGUGGGGCACAGAGGUAACUGAUCAUGAUAGUUUACUUUCCUUUCAGAGUUAUGGCACGUCUUGAUCUUACACAAGUUGGGCGAUACUACUAUGAUCCCCAUAGACCUGCCAGUAUUCCUCAGCAUAAGAUUGAACUGUGGCCUGGUUACAUCACUUCGAUUCAGUGUUAUGAAGGUACAGUGUAUGAUGUUCAUACAUGUACAACAGCUAAAUAGUACACUUCCCUUUUCUUGCUCUCUAAUAUUUUUUUUCCUCAUUUCAGGUGGAAUGAUGCUGUUAUGUGAUGUAUCGCACAGGCUUCUUAGAACAGAAACCUGUUAUGAUUUUAUGUGAGUUAUUGUUCAUUUGCAUAUUCCUAAGAUAUGAAGUUUGGAUUUCAUUGGUCUUGAGGUAUAUUUCUUUUGCAGAUUAAGUUUAAAGAAUAUGAAAGUUCACCAUGAUUGUACUCUUUUUUGCUUUUUCUUUACUCUCCAGGCAUCAAUUGUAUUUAAAGCGAAAAGACCGCUUUCAAGAAGAAUGCAAGAAACAGCUUGUAGGAAAUAUUGUAUUGACAAGGUGAUUAACUUACUUGUCUGUUUCGAGUAUAUGAAAUGGUAACAGUCUUGAUUGAUUCUUGUUUUUCAAUUAAAACUUACUAAAAACUAGGUACAACAACAAGACAUAUAGAAUUGAUGAUAUAGCUUUUGAUCAGAACCCAACAAGUACCUUUACAUUCCAUACUGGAGAGCAGAUGUCGUAUGUGGACUAUUACAGGUAUGGCUGUAACUCUUGGGUUUUCCUUUGCAUUCUCAAGGGAAGGGGUGAUAUUGCUGUUAGGGACUUGUCAGAAAUUAAAAGGGGAGGGUCAUGCAAAUAUAUGCCCGUGAUCAUGUAGAGGUUCACCCACAGAAGAAAAAGGAAGUUCUUUAUUUGGAAGAGGUGGAUGAUCAUGAUGAAUGUGAGGUAGAUGAAGGGGAUGAGGCAUUACCCACUUGUUCUAGUGAUGAAGACUUUGUAUUGGGAGAAAUAGGAGAGUCAAGUGAUCAGUUGGACUCUUAAUGCUGUCAUCGAAAAUGUAUGUAUGUAGCAUGACAAAGAACAGAUUAGAAAUAUAUUUUGAGUUUUCAUAAUACUUCAGCAUAAAUGUAUUGCAAGAACUAGAUUUUAUCAUUUAUACAAGAGGGGUUCAUGAUUUUUAGUCUAUUUUUCAGUUUGCAGGGAUGGGUUUUCCCCAAAUUUAAAAUUUCCCCCCCCCCCCCUGCUAAUUUCUGACAAGUCCCUUAUAUUGGGUUUUUCCCACAAAAUAGCUGAUUUAUGCACUAAUGGGCUACACUGUGCAAAAUUGCAGAUUUUCUUACUCAUUAAUUAAUCAAUACUAAUUUGUUCUUAGGAGAUUCCAUAUAACUGCAAAUUAAGCUGUGACUAAACCUUACUCUACAUCUACAUUUGUUGAGUUGAUAAAAUCUUGUUAGAUAUCACAUCAACUAUAAAUAAACGCUAAAAUUAUAUAUAUAUAUAUAUAUAUAUAUAUAUAUAUAUAUAUAUAUAUAUAUAUAUAUAUAUAUAUAUAUAUAUAUAUAUAUAUAUAUAUAUAUAUAUAUAUAUGUAUAUAUAUAUGUAUGUAUGUACAUAUACAUAUACAUAUACAUAUACAUAAAUUAAAUAAAAGUAAAAAUGUCCAGAUAACAAGAUAAAUAAUGAUAAUUCAUAAUUGGAAUUUACUUUACUUAUUUCACGUACUUUCCUAAGUUUAGCUUAAAAUCAGAUAAUGACUUGCAAUUUACUAAGUCAGCUCUUGGUUAGAAGUUUUCAUUUUUGUUGUUUGUUGCAUGAAGUAAUUCUAUGAAGUGUUCUUUUGCAAUCCCUAUUAGCAAGUCUCCACUAACAAUUUAAGCAUUAGCAUAAAAUGUUAUGCAUCAUUAGGGAGGGCUGCAACACAAGCUUGAGCACAAGAUGAAUGGAUGGUUUUGAUAUUCUUCUGCUUAUGCCUGCCUUUAUGUGGUAACCAUCUUCUGAAGUGGGAAUGGGCAUCUGGGACAUUUUCUUUCAGUGAAAAAUUCUUUUAAAAAGCAACCACCUGUUUAUCUGGUAUCUAUUGAACACAAUCAGUGUAUAUGAAAAUCAUUGAAAAUAGACUGUUUGCUCAUUGCCCUCAAUUUCUGGUUUCUAGUAAAGUCUAUGGCAUAAAUUUGCAAGAUCUGGAGCAGCCCCUACUUAUUCACCGACCUAAAGACAAAGAACAACAGAAAGUGAGUUUAAAUCCUGAGUUCAAGAGUUUUGUGAAGACCCCAUUGGUAUACUCCACCUUAUAAUUAGACACCUAACUGAUCCUGCACUUAUUCAUGAUAUGCAGAAAACCAUACAAAGUGUAGUAGUUACAUUUCAAGUGAUACUUUGCUUGCCCUUUUAAUCUUGUGUUUGAUUAGUUAAGUUAGAUGUUGCAUGUGUAGAUACCGUAUUUAUCCAUGUAUAAGUCGAACCCAUGUAUAAGUCCACCCCCCAUUUUCAUGGUCAAAAAUCGGAUUUUUCAUUAUUUCUAGUUAAAGAAAAAUUCAGACUGAUAGAAAGUUCCCAAAUGGUUGAUCUCUUAUUUCUGAGAAUGUAUUGAAAACACAGUGAAUUAAAAAAAACUGCAGAGCAAAAUGUAACCGUGUGCUGUGAAGUUUAGUAGCACUUGAUUAUAUUUUUUUUUUUUUUUUUUUGGAGGGGGGGUAGACUUUCAAAAGAAAUGCUCAAGUCACUUUUUACAAACCAUUGAUCACUGUAAUUAGAAUUAUGGGUUAGAAAUAAGUCCACAAAGGAGACUUGUACAAGACUGAGGUUAAUGUUAUUUUAGGGUAGGAAACUUGGAUUGGUUUGUCUGAUACCAGAACUGUGUAAUAUCACUGGGCUUACAGAUGCUGUGAGACAGGACUUCAGAGUAAUGAAGGUCAGUACAAUUGGAAAAAGUGAAACACAGUAGAACCAUAGGUGGUGAUUGGAUGAAUGUGUGGAUUAAAUGAUUUUUUAUUUGUUGUUGGGUAUGAUUACAAUGUAUGUCUCGCCUGAUUUGAAGAAAGGAAUAUUGAAUUUGACUUGCAUCACUUAAUGGCAAACUAUUUUCAAUCUUUAAAGGCAGAAGGAGUAUACGGUCACAUAUGGUUGAACUUAGAUUAUCCAGAUUUUUUGAUGAUCUGGACUCACUUUUCUGGUGGCAUUUUUUUUCACCAAUUUUAAUUUAUCACAUCAAAGAUCUGUAACAACUUUUUCCCGUUAAACAAAGCAGAUGUACUGAAACAGUGUUGACACUAUUCUGUUAGUGCAGCUUUAAAGAAUAAUCAAAUUAGUGACAUACACAGUAGCAGCUUGAAAAAAAUUUAUGUCCAGUCGUUUGGCUCAUAAAACAUUUUUGUACAUACUUUGGCAAAUUUUUCCUUUACUGCACAAUGGUCUGAGAUUGUUGUUUAAUUCUUGUGUAAUAUUGAUUCAAUGUUGGGUAUUCAAUUUUAUUUUUCAUAUUUUUGACUAUGUAAACUCUUGAUUAUCUGGACUAUUUGGCCCAGUCCACACAAGUGGGAAUAAUCAAGGUGCAAUGGUACUAUGUAAUUCAGGGAAAAGUGAUUAUGCAGCUCUUGUUAUUCUUUGCAGGACAUUGCAGCACACACUAGAGUUGGUCCUAUGCAGAGGCAACAAGCAAUGAUGAAGUUCAUUGAGAAUAUCAACUCUUGUCCUGAGGUAAAGUUCUGCAUGUGUAAUAUUUGAAAUUGUUUGCUAUUAAAUCUUUGUUUGCUACUAAAUCUUUUAUUUUGUAUGUUUGAGAAACCCAAGGGAACUAAUCAGGGAUUAUUGAAUCCUGAGUGAGAAUUUGUUUUAAUCUUUAAGCCUGCCCAUUUACACCCCCAAAGGUUUCAUUGCAGUUGUAAAUUAUUGGGAUAGAAAAACAGAUGUAGCCUUAAAUUUUCAAAUCCUUUCUCACAAACAAUGAAAUUGGUCUUAUUAACUGAUGUGCUCUGUAAAUUUCUUUCUUCUCCCAGGCCCUUCAAGAACUUACAUCUUGGGGAGUGCAGCUUGAUCAUACCAUGCUUCAAGUAAGUUGGUUUGUGGAAUAUGGCAACCAAAACCUGUGACCCACAGAUGACCAACCCUCUUUUUGCAAUAACCCCUAAAGCAGUAGGCCAAUCACAAAUGUGCACCUAAUGAUAAAGGCAAAGCAUGAGUUAGUUAAUCAUCAGCUUAAAGUUGAUAAAAGCAGAUAAGCUUUUGUGGCAAUGUUGAAAAGGUAAUAUCUAUGACCUUUACUUUUUUUGAAAGCAAGUUAAAAAUUGAUACACCCAUAUCUGACAAACUGCUUGAAAAGAGGGCUUUUGAAAACUUCUGGUAGCAUUCUAUAUCAACCUCAAUUUUAUCAAGAAGUAAUAAAGUAAGUAGUUUAGUUAUACAAAACUGAUGAGAAGUCAACAUUUUAUUUUUCCCUCUUAGACUGAAGGUCGUCUGCUUCCAUUGGAGAAGAUAGUCCUUGGAAGCACAUCAUUUAUUUCCAGCCCUCAGGCUGACUGGGGCCAGCAAGCUGUCAAGGAACAAGUUAUUACUCCUGUUCCUCUGCAUAACUGGUUGGUGUUGUAUGUCAACAGAGACAAGAGUAAAGCUGUGGAGUUUGUUGGCAUGAUGAACAGGGUGACUCCACCAAUGGGUAUUGAGGUAAGAGGUCUGAUGUCAUCUUAACAAUAGUUGUGAUUUAUGGAAGUCAAAAGAGGACAAAAUAGUAUAAAUUUAAUACUCAGAGCCCAAAUAAAAAUGAGCUAUGGCAAAAGGUUGGAGAAAAAUAUAUUCUUAAACUAUAUCAGUCAGUUUUUCUGUGUGUGGUUUUCUUGGGUACAAGUGUGGGUUUUCUCCCCAAAACUUGUACUAUGAUUUAUUUCUUAGCCACUCAACUGUUUUCAAAUUAUUUUGUACACAAAGAAGUUUCUUUUAGUCAUGUUUGGCUACUGGUUUAUUCGCUGCUCAUCCUCUUAACUAUUCAGUCUGCCCCAAUAUUUUUAUGAUUACCCUGGUUUUUCCAUUGUAGCCUCAUACAUGUAUAAUAUUUUUGUUAAUGAUAAGAUGAGCAAAAGGAAAAUGGGUUAAAGUUCAAAAAGUUAUGUUAACUUCCUAGUGAUAUUUUGGUUAAAUUUUAAACAGGUGCAUCAACCUAAUAUGCUUGAGCUGAGAGAUGAUAGGACUGAGACUUACCUACGUAUGAUCCGAGAAUAUCUCAACCCACAAACUCAGGUGGUUGUAAUCAUCUUUCCCACCUCAAGAGAUGACCGUUACUCUGCAGUGAAAAAGUUGUGCUGUGUAGAAAGUCCUGUUCCUUCUCAGGUAACAUUGUAUGGCAUCUUCCAGGGUCAUGUAAUUUUUUAAUCAUGUUUCACUAUUGCUUAUUGUAUCAAGGUUCUGGGUAUAGUCAAGGCACAAGUUAAUCUAUUCAAGUGGAUAUCCUUGGGAAUUUUUUAUCUUGAAAGAGUUGACCAUCCGUUUGUAUUCUGAUUUAUUAAUAGGAGAGAAUUCUCCAGGGUCUUUGUGUUGCCUAGUCUAUUUUUUUUUUUCAAUUUGCUUCCUUUGAACUGCUUAAAAUUAUAAUUUUUUGUCAUCUGUCAGCUUCAAAAAGUGCUUUCUUUGCCCUUCCUAUCCUCUAGGUUAUCAAUGCCAAGACAAUUUCACAGCAGAACAAACUACGGAGCGUCACGCAAAAGAUCGCCCUGCAGAUAAACUGCAAACUGGGUGGAGAACUAUGGGCACUAGACAUUCCACUGGUCAGUAAAAUUAUUGUAACAAGUAUCACAAAUCAGAAGGGCUGUCAGGAUAUUGGCAUUCCAUUUUAUGCAUAUUUUGUCUCAGUCGUUUUGAAACUUGCUAGGGAAAUUUGAAAACCUUUUAAAAAUGUCAGUGAAACUGUUUCUUUGACUGGAUCCAUGCAUUUGCAAUUGGUUGUUUGUUACAGAUAGUAAAAAUGUCUUUUGUCCCAGUAUGACAUAAGGGUUAUGUCACCCCUGAAUCAAACACUAAGGUCACGAAAAUCGAGGCCGGAAAUGAUCACCAACUUAUAAUGCUCUUGAUUUUUAAAUAAAUUCUCCUUGUCAGCGUUUCAGGAAAUGUAUAGAGAACAGUAUGGAGAAUAUGCAUACUGAUCCAAGGGUGUAAAGGGUUAACUUGAAGACUGUUUGGAACUUAGUCCUUAGGCGGCGAGCAGGUCCUAAUUAUUAGCGCUACAGGACGCGCGUUUUUGCGCCCAUAGGAAGAUUGGAGACGAGUGGGUAGAGAUUUGUGGGGUCUUAAAGUCAUCAUUUUCAGUAACCCUUUAAGACCUCGUGCCGGUUCGCGUAGCUUGAGCGGUUGUAAUUUUUUGUUGGUGAAUUAACACUCGUGCCAAAGCGCCAAUUAUCGGAGAGCUUGUUGCUAGGCUACUUGGUCCUGAACAGUGAUACAUGUUGUCCAAUGACCACAUGCAGCAUCAUUCUUCCGUUAAAGUUCUCUGAAUACUUCCCCAUGAAACAUUUUUUCUCACAUUUUUCUAAUAAUGAUGCAACUGUCAUGCUCAUCUUGUUAACAGAAAAGCCUUAUGGUGAUUGGUAUUGAUGUUUAUCAUGAUGCCUCCCGCGGCGGCCGAUCAGUCUGUGGAUUUGUAGCAAGCAUGAAUAAGAGUCUAACUCGGUGGAAUUCAAGAGUGUGUUUCCAGUCACCUGGUCAGGAACUCAUUGAUGGGCUUAAGAUGUGCUUUGUUUCUUCUCUGAAAAAGUAUCACGAGGUGGGUUAUUUGGUCUUAUUUCAGAUCAUUUUUUUUGUAGAGAUUGAUGAAUUCUUAAGAAUAAUUUCAAGUCCUAAAUGAGUAGUCUAAAUGGUACUUUGUUUAUCAUUCACUGGUUAUUCCCUGUAUCUUCGUGUAGAUCAAUCACGCGCUGCCCGAUCGUAUAGUUGUUUACCGUGAUGGUGUCGGUGAUGGACAAUUGAAGACUGUGGCUGGGUAUGAAGUGCAACAGCUCUCCGAGUGUUUUGUCCACUUUGGUGGUAACUAUCACCCCAAGAUGGCAGUGGUGAUCGUGUCAAAGAGAAUCAACGCACGAAUCUUUGCAGCUCAGGUUAGUGACACCAGAUAUGAAAUGUUUUAUCCUGCAGUUCACAAUAAAUGUCGCGUCAUAAGUUGGUGCUGUGGUAAAGGAAUGUAGUUCUAUUGAAAGCCUACUAUUUGUCUCAAUAAGUCGAUUUUAUUUACUGUCUAGGCAAAGUUAUAGGUGCGCAGAAGUGAGUUUAGUUCAGUAAUUUCAAUUUUGUCUCUGCAGGGAGGUGGGCCCAGGCCCAAACUUGAUAACCCCGGUCCCGGCACCAUACUGGACCACACAAUCACAAGGAGAGACUGGUAUGUGGAAGGGGUAACCUUGUUAUCCUAAAAUUAUUGAGCGGCAUACUCUAUGCGUAUCACUGGACUUGCCAAUCUUAACAAAAAUUAUUUAAACUUGCUGUAAACCCUCUGAAAUAAACUUCUACCCAGAUCUAAUGUCAAGAAAAUAGUUUUCCUCAUUCUUAGAGACAAACGUGCACAUGAUAACCACCUAUCUGGAUUAUGAUUGCAAAAGAUAAUUGUCUUUUGCUCUGCUAUCAAAUCGUGUGGUUUUUCUGAUUUUUUGAUGCUCUCAGUUGAAUUUCAAAGUGGAACAGUUGGUUAAUAUAAGUUUUGAUGUUUUCCUUUUGCAGGUACGACUUUUACCUCGUCAGUCAGCAUGUACGGCAGGGAACAGUUACCCCAACCCGUUACAUUAUUGUACACGACAAGUCAGAGUUGAAACCAGAUUACAUGCAAAGGUAAAUGGGACCAAGUUCCUCCUCUGUGUUUGUUCUUCGCUUGCGACCAAUAGAGCAAGGUCGUAUUUGGCAUUACGCAACUCGAGCAUUCAUUUAAUGUCUUCUGAAAAUAUAUAGCGAGAGAAGUCAUGGUGCAAGUAUUGGUUCUGUUUACGAUUGCUUUGUUGGAAUAUCAGGGUUUCUCCAGAUGGCUCUCUCACUAUGACAAAGGGCUAACGCUCGAAAUAUCAGCUUUGAAACUCUCUACGGUGACUCAUUUACGUUGUCAGCUCAGUUGAUAAUACUAAAUUACCCUGCUAUACUCUCCCGCCGACGCAGCCAGCACCCCCUUCGUUCAUUUCUCCAGAUGGGUUGGGGAGGGUGAGGUCAUUUUCAACAACAGUAUCUUAACGCAUACACCAUGCUUAGCAUAGUGUAUUACAAAGUUGGUGCUUGUGAUUUGUUUGGGAAAUAUGGUUUACUGGGAAGGAGUGAAACUAGCUUAAGUUAUGGGAGUGGGUAGGAAAAGGCUGCCUCCGGCCAAAAAAGAUCGGCCAGUAUGUCCGUAUGAAUUCUGCUCGUAGUUUUCUCCGAAUCCGGCGUAUAAAAUCGCGUAGUUCUCAGUUUUGUUUCAUUAUUUUGAAAAAAUCCCUUUUUUGUCAUGCAUUGGUUAUGUAAUUCAUACUUGUAACACGUUAAUGACAUAAUUUUGAACAUUUCUGUGUACUAUAUGAGUAACGUGUCCGAAGUUCUCUAUAGCGUUGUUGUUACUUUACAGGUUAUCGUACAAGCUUACCCAUCUCUAUUACAACUGGCCUGGUACAGUCAGGGUGCCUGCUCCAUGUCAGGUAUGUCUUAGGUGGCAGUUGUUAGGAAUGAGUGUCAAUUAUUUAAUAAUGAUGGUUUGAAGAUGUCUAAGUUGCCGCACCCUUGUCAUUUCUUCACUGUUUUGUUAUAACCAUUUCUUGUUGCAAGUUUAGGAUCUAAAGGUUUUUCAGUUUUUGCUUACGUUUAGAGAGAAAAACGAAACUCGGAGAAGGGGUUCGAUAAUUUGACUUUUGUCUCUUGUUCUUGUUUUCAGUACGCCCACAAGCUAGCUUACCUUGUUGGUCAGAACAUCCACAAUGAACCGUCACAUGAUCUAUCUGAUCGUCUGUUCUUCUUGUAAACCAGUUCGGUGACGAUAGAAGCUUUACGCUGUCUAUCCACAGAAUACGGACACACAAAAAAUUACAUCAACGAGUCUCUAUUCGUUGAAUGGCAAAAUCCAGUCUUCUGGACCAGUUAUGAUCUGUUAAAUGUACAAUGUUGUUGGUUUGUUGCGAUUAUUGGACUAUAUAUGUAAAUAUUACCCUGAAAAAAUAUGUUGAUAACCGAAAACAUUUUGAGAGUCGUAUCUCGAGACGUAAGUUUUUUAGUUUUGUAAUACAAAGAAUUAAUUGAACGAAGAAUCCCUUUGUAAUAAUCACGUGCCUGUGAGUAAUAGGCGUGACUUAUUUUAGAAGUUGAGAUUCAGUUUGUAUAAUUAUUUACACAACACAACCGAUGUGAAGCCGAAUAGGGAGUCGUAAAUCAGUUAUGAAGUCGUAUAUUGUUCACGUUCAAAGUUGGCCUCCAAAUACCUUUUUGGUGUUUAUUUGCAGCCUUUUCCCCACACUUUUUAAGAUUGAAACGGCGAAAUCAGAGACAGCUUUCUUUGAAAAUUUAUUCUAAUUAAAAAAAAAAUUUCUACCAACUCCGUUGAUUUAUUGAUAUGUAUAUAACAAAUUCCCAUUUCAUAAAAUGCUUGCGGAAUUUGAUUUAAAUGUGCAAGUUUCAGACCACAGGGCACUCUAUUUAUACGAUUUUCAGGAACUGAAUGUUUUUGAAUGCACAAGUUUUAAGAAGGUAAGGAACUCUUGUGUGGUCGGACAAUAUCGGA